GUAGUUUGUACUCUCGUGAAUUGUGUUUUGUUGUGUCGUCUGCAGUUUGAUGAUGUUAAGUCUUGAAUCUUAUUAACGUUUAAACAGUUUAGGCCUACUCUUAAUUAUGAAAUUUGUAAAAGGGAAGGUUACAUUCAGAUUUUUUGUUAGGCUAGUAAGCAUACUUUAGUUUUCAACUCCUAGUGCUGCAUACUAUGUUUUAUCAUCUACAGUUCUUUUUAUCUUUGGAAAUCAACCGUUGAGGUUACUAUUUGUGUACCUUUAUAAACCACCAUAUUCAUUGUGAUCUAGUGUUCGUAACGAAAUAAAAAUGGUUGUUGAAAUCCUUGAUCAGUGGCAUCUUGGAAUAAGUGCAAUAGUUAUCGUUGCUAUGCAGCUUAUAUUUUUUUCAAUAGCAGCAUAUUUUCAAUUUGAUAAAUUAACAGAUUUUGCUGGAGGAACAAAUUUUAUUGUUGUGGCACUAUUAACAUUUUUUCUGGGGCAAGCACAUUUCAAACCUAGCUAUGAUAGUCGACAACUUAUGGUGACUGUAUUUGUCUGCCUGUGGGGUGUCAGACUUUCAGGUUAUCUACUCUACAGAAUAUUACAGAUUGGAAGGGAUGCUCGAUUUGAUGAUAAACGAAGCAAUGUCAUCCGCUUUGCAGUUUUUUGGACUUUUCAAGCUGUCUGGGUCUUCAUAGUCAGUCUACCAGUGAUAUUCAUCAACUCCCCACACAACUCUAUAGCUAAAGGAGCCCCCAAGACCAUGACCACCCUGGACUCUGCUGGUACUGGGAUGUUUUUCACGGGACUCCUCAUCGAGACCUAUGCAGACCUGCAAAAAUUCUCCUUCCGCCAGGAUCCAGCCAACAAAGGGAAAUGGUGUAACGAUGGUCUGUGGCAAAUGUCGAGACACCCCAACUACUUUGGUGAGAUCCUGUUGUGGUGGGGAAUCUUCGUCAUCUCUCUGAAUGUGAUUGAGGGGCCUGAAUGGGCCGGCAUUGCCAGUCCGAUCUUCACCACUUUUAUCAUACUCUUUGUCUCUGGCAUCCCUCUUUUGGAGAGGUCUUCAGAUCAGAGAUACCGCCACAAUCCUAAGUACAGGCUGUAUAAGCAGUCGACGUCACCUCUGAUCCCCAUACCACCUGGUAUCUACAUGGAGGUGCCCUUCUUCCUUAAGUUUUUGCUGUGCUUUGAAUUUCCCCUGUACAACUGGCUAGACGAGAAAGAGGAGCCUAUUGUAUCUUAGCAGCAGCGAGCCGCACCGAGCAGUGAGCUGAUAAGGCUAUCCAAUGCCAACACUCCUCUGCUCUCGUGCACCAGUGUUUAACAGUCCAGAUACUUCUUUUCUACAACUUACCCAACUUAGAGGAGUUUACAAGCGCAAACUAUAUUUAUUUAGUGUUAGUAGAUUUUAAUAUUAUUGGCAUAUUUUCAAUUUGUAAUGUAGUCAUCGUUUAGAAUACAUAUAAAUAGCUUGUUAAGAUAUUGUGUUUAUUUCUAGUUCUUUUGUUUAGUAAUAGGAGGAUCAAACUGUUAGCAGUUGUGUUAUUUAUUAUACUAUUUUAAAAUACAAAAUUAUUCAAUUCAGGAAAAAUUAAAAAUUGUAUCUUGUUAAUAUCAGUCUAGUAUAGACUUGGCUUAGUUAAAUUUAAAAACCUACUGUUUUUACAAAGACUUAAAAAUACUUCCUAAAUUUCUAAAUUAUACUCUGUGAAUUCUAAAUAAUUUUGCAGAGAAAAAUCUGUAUAAUGUGUUUAUGUGUUCACAAUAUGUAUCUGUCAAAUUUCUGUAUCCAGUCAAAUUUAAGUUUGAUAAUUCUAUUAUGUGAACUUAAGCAAUAAAGCAUUUUGAAAGUUGUUUUCGACAAUGUAGGAGAAAAGUGCAGAAUUUUCUGGGUAAAGUAAGAUAAUCGUCAGAAACAACCUGUUUCUUUUUUUGUUAAUGAACUGCAAUCUAAACUAUGAUCAGUUUUGACUGCGAAAAUAUAUGAAGCUUUAAAAUAUAAAAUAGUCCAAGAUUAUUUAUUGUAUUAUUAAUUUUUAACUGAUAUUUGCAAUGCAAUAUUUAUAUUGCCAAAAAAAAUAACAUCCCCAAACUUAAAACGUAUUUAAAGUUAAAGUUUUAAAUGCAUUAACUAUUAAUAUUUAAUGAUUAACUACUAAGUUAAAAUUGAUUUCAUUUAUGUUUUAAAGAAAACUUUUAAGUUAAGCUUAAAAAAUAGUAUUUCCAUAUAGUACGAUUGCUUUUUAAAUACAUUUUAUGAUGAACAUUUUUUUAUAAGAUCAUUCUAUUGUUUAUAUGAGUUUGAAAAAGUGUGUAAACCCCAAACCGACAGUGGUACAAUAGUUUGUUGGUAGUAGGCCUACCUGUGAGCUUUGUUUACAAUGACACAAUAAACAGAUAACCUCCAGUUACCUUAAAAAUUAUUCAUGUUGUUACCAACUUUCUAAGUUAUGUUAAACAGUAUAUUGCUGAUUUAGGGUACAUCUAAAUCUUAUCCCCUAGUCCCUAUAAAACAAAUAAUCUCAAAAUGAUUUGAAACUUAACAUAUCAAUCUGUUUUGAUCUUUAAUAUGGUGUAUAACAGUAUGUAUGUAUAUACAUACAUAAAUAUAUAUAUAUAUAUAACAAAUUUUAAAGCUCUUUCUAUUUAUAAUUUUAAUCCAAGAUGUCAGUUUUACUGUCUAUAAAUAAGAUUAGGCAUAAAAUGAGAGUGUACUAUCUUAAUUAGUUUUCUGUAAUUCCCUUUAUCUGCAACUUAAAUAAUCUUUAUGUAAGCUAUAUGUCUUUAUAUAGUGAUAGAUACUGUCAGCUGUGUUUUAGUCAUGAAAAUGUAAUGACAAAAAUACUUAGACAAAAUAAAGGUAAUUUGUUAAACAAAUUUUUGUUGUUGAUUCAAUUAAAUACAUACAGAUGAAAUAAUUAUUAUGUACAAUAUAGAUUUGAGAUCCAUAACUAUAAAUAGAUAAAAAUAUUGUUUUGUAAGCUACAUUAAUAUUCAGAAUGUAUACUACAUAGAGCACUGAAAUCAAUUCAUACAAAGUGUACAUUAUAUAAUUUAAUUUUAAAAAAGCCAUAUGUAGGCAUGUACUCGAGAGAUAUUGUUUCAGAUCAGCAUACUUUUUACCAUUGCACAGGAAUUGUUGAUCAAAUAGAUUUUUAUUGUUAUUAUACAUUACUCUAGUUUUUAUAUUACUUAACACAUUGAUUCUAUACUCAAAUCAGGAAGUUUAGAUACCUGAGUUUGAAAAUUUAUCAAAAACUAACUAGUAGAGCUACAAAACAGGAAUUACAUUAAAAUUUAUCUUGUUUAUUUCUGUGUUCUCUCUUUAAUUCAACUUAGAAAAGUCUCAUCUCGGAAAAUUGUAAUCCAUUAGGGGAAUAUUUUAUUCCAGAUAGGUAGAAAAUAUACUGUAUUGGAGUAUGUAAUAAAGUAAGGUAAAGGAUGUCUUAUUUUACCAUGUGAAGUUAGGGCUAAGAAGCCCUCUUUAACACUUAAUCUGGGGACCAAAAAGCUUAGAGGUCACUUCCAAACUACCACUACUAUCCUUGUAAUUUUUAAAUUAUACAAAUACUGGUUAUAUUUUGAUUAAGUUUCAAACUCAAAUAUUUCAAUUUCUUGAUCCCAUAGUAUUAGAAACUUACCAAAGACAGUUAUUUAUUCCUGCAUAGGAUCGCAAGAAUGUUGUACUUAGUUAAUUACUUUGUUACAGUUUAAUAUUGAUAACAUUUUAAGAAUUAUUUACUUUUGUUCAAUGUUCCUAUACCAUGCUAAACUAAAGUCGGUUGUAUACUGGUUGUUUUCUCGUUAAUAUAAAUAUAUUUUUACAGUAAAUUAAUAUAACUAAUAUUGUAAUAUGUAUUAGAUUAGGGCAUAGUUGAUACAACAAUGUUUAAGGUUGUAUCAUGCAAAACUUCCAGUAGUUCAUAAGGUAAAGUUGCUAAUUUAAAUCUGCACAGAAUCUACACCAUAUGGUUGUAUACGUAGCUAAUUAUAUACACAAGUAAUAUUCAACAAUUGCACAUAAUAAAUUAAAUCAUACAUACAAGUGUGUAAGGAUAAAUUUAUGGGAUUCGUAACUUAUUACCCCUUCAAAUCAUAUUAUAUUUAAAGUUUUCAUUUAUUUGCUUUGAAAAUUACUUUUAUUAAAGGUUAAUUAAACAAUUUAUUUAUUUAAAUAAUGUAUAACUUAUGUUUUUUAGAUUAAUAUACUUUAAUCUUCUAUUUUUCUCUUUUAAAUCUCAGGUUUAAAGUAUCGGAUGUCCAAAAAAACAUUAAUGAUAAAGCUAUAAGUUUACGUAGUACUCUAGAUUUCCUUACUGUUGAUGAGAGAUUAGUAUUAUUCCUGUAAGCUGUUAAAUGAUUGACCUUGAACUAUAUGUAUAUCAACCCUUUUAAUGCCAUGGUCCAGUAUAUUGGACUUUUUUCCACUUUGAACAAUCUAAGUGAAGUGCUUAGAAAUAACAUGAAAUAACUCUGUGCAAACUAUGCUAAAUGAAAAAAAAAAACUUUUGUGGUUGUUGAAUUGCUGUGGUUUUUUCUUUACAAAAAAUACCUAUUGUGGCCUUUGAAUUUCAUAUAUGUGUUGGCAGCAUGUAAGUAUGUACCCACAACCCAUUAUAUUAUAUCAUUACAAAGUUUAAGACCUUCAAAUUUUACAUGCAUUUUUGAAAACAACCUAAUUGACUGUGUGUUAGCAUAGCCUAUCACUCAGAGAUAAAAGUAUUUUUAAAGGGGCUCAUUUUUUCGUAUACAUAUGAAAAAUUAAAAAAAACAAUUUAUUAAAAUCACAAAUUGCUGGUCAACUGUACAUUCAUUGAUUACUAGUUUACUCAUCCGGCAAUCAAUAGAUCAUCCAUCAAUUUGUAUCCUUCAUCGUUGGUGCUUAUUACAAUAGCCCUGAACAUAUGGGUGAAUAACUAUUUGAUUUAUAAACCACUGGAAACAUGAAGAGCUAAAUAACAUCAUCCCUUUAUUUCUAAUGUCAGUGACAAUUAGUUCAGUAGUCUGUGUAUUGGGUCAGCAGUGCUUGGUCUUGUUUUCUAGUUACCAUCAGAUAAAUACAUUGUGUAUUGUGAUUUAUCUUUAUUGAUAUAGUUAUAUUAAGUGCUAAAAAUGUUAUAACAAUUUGUUAUAUGCUCUAAAUUUAAAUACUAAAAUUUAUGAUUCUAUGGUAAUAAAUUAUGAGUUUCACAUAAUAUUUCCAGUGUAAGUAUUUUGAAUUUAUUCACAUCACUAUCUUACCUAGUUAUACCACCACUCUUUUCUUAUUCUUUUACAACUAGUGUUAACCCUACUAGUGGCGGUCAUUUUAUCUUGUAGUUUCAGGAUAUUUCGGAGCUUCACACAAUGGUUUUUUUAAUUAAAGAAUUCAAAUAGAAGAAAUGUAUGUGAUGUAUCUUUUCAAGAUAAAAUUGAGAUAGUAAGUAAAUUUAAAACACUCCAUAAAUAUGUUAAUGCUUUUUGUAUGAUAUGCAAUUUUUAACUUUCAGAAAACAUAAAUUCAAUUGUAUGUUUAUGUCAUACUUAUGCUGCAAACCAAAUACCAGUUAUGUACAUAAAUGAUGAAAAACAGGUGUGUAUAUAUAUAUAUAUAUAUAUAUAUAUAUAUAAAAGAAUUUAGAAAUGACAGUUUUAGAAAAAUGUUAAAUUGCAUUAAGUUUUCGAUAGCUCAAUUCUUUCCCGAUCCAGAGGUACCUAAAUCACGUUGAUAGAGCUUAUUCUAUGAAAUUAUUAAGUGAGGGGAUGUUUGUUCAAAAGAAAUAAUUUGGUUAACAAUACAGAAACGUCAUUGACAGUCAGAAAAAGUCAAUUAACACUAGUAGGGUUAAUAACUGUGACUGACAUGUGUUAUUACAAUAUUAUGAUUAGUCUUAUACUCAGAGUAUUUUCUAAUUCAUUGUGAACAAAAUGAUAACUAAUAGAGAUUGAUUUAUAGGAAACAAAUGUUUACACUAUCUGGUGUGUAGAUCACCCAAAACAGCCUGCUAGUUAGGGGGAAACCUACUGCAGGUGCUAGGGUUGAAUAUUAAAUUACAUUUAACUGCCUUAUUUACUGUUAUUUUUGGAAAGCCUAUAUAUAUAAUAUAAUUUAAGAAAAGAAAUUUAAGACUUUCACAACAAAUGAAUUAGAUUUUUUUAGUUUAUGUUUUAGACUGAUUGUUUUAUCUAAUUUAAAAGUAUUUUUAUUUGCAUUUUUAUACUAAUAAAAUCAGUCUUAAGCGUGUAUCUAAUAUUAACACAAUAUACACUAAUUUCUAUAUUUUUAUGUUCAGCUGUAGCAAAUACAAUAAAUUGAUAGGAUGCACUAUAGCAGCAGCUACAAUGGCAUUGACACUGGGAUGCAAAAAUCUGAACGAUAACUAUUGCUCAUGAUAUAUGUUGCAAAUUGUGAAAUAUUAUUUCAGUUCCUUUUUUGGACCAGAGAUUGCAGCUGCACUUUCCAGUUAUACCUGGAUAAAGAUUGAAUUUUACAAGGAAAAUACAAGCCUUUUAUGAUAUAGCAGAGUACUAUAAAGCAAUGACAGUAGUAUUAUCAAAUAAUUAUUAUAGUUAGAAACAGUGAUGAAUUCAUAUAAUUUAGUUUAUUUUGGAUACUGUUUAAUGAAAUAUUCUUGAAAAAUUCAAUCUAAUGUACCUUACUGUAAAAUACUACAAAAUUGGCUUCCUUUGAAAUUGUGGGAUGAUAUAUUUAGAGUAGUAGAAAGAAAACAUUUGGCUGCAGUAUAAUAAGCAGCCACCGCCAAAAUCCAAUCAUGAUUAUGAAUUAACAAUAACAUUUACUAACCUUUAAGUAUUUUCAAGAAUAAAUGUGACUCCUUAUGAAAGAAGAACAAAUGUACAUAGUUUCUGCUACCCUUAGUCAAUAAUCAAACACAUAAUUUAACUUUGAAUGUAUUUCCAAACACCAUUUUACACUUUGAAUGGACUUUGAACUCUAAUGUUAAAGUGAAUUCAGUUUUAGAUUUUUAAAAUUGAACUAUAGAGAAUCUAUACUUUUAUAUGUAAUACACAUGUAUUUAUUUCAAAUUGUAUAAAAUAACUAAACUGUAUUUAAACUACUCUUGAGUCAAGUAGUACUUACGAUUACUUCACAGGGUAGACAUGUGUGAUAGCGUUUAAAAAACGCUUGAAUGGAUCACCACCAAUAAUCAUUACGUCUCGUUGAUAUAUACAUUUUACAACAUGAUAAGAGUAAUGCAGUCACGGCUGCAGUAUAAUCGGUCACCAACAUAAUCAAAUGAUUUGAAUAAUCAAUAUUCAUGACCAUCCAAAGGACUGAAAGUAAAAUGUCGGACCAAAUAAUGCAAUAGAUAUUUGAAAGAACAAUAUGGUUUUGCUAGUUUUCAUUCUUAGAAAUUUAUGUAUAUAUUUAUUAAUAAUUGACAAAUUAAAAUAUAAUAUAUAGUUACAACAAAACAAUAACAUUUACUUAUCUUAUGUAUUUCCAAGGAUAAACUGCUUGUGAAACAAAGAGUACAUGUAUGUUACUGUUCUUGCCGCCAUUAGGCAUAGUCAAUAACAAAACACAUGAUUUUAAUUUUGAACUUAUUUUCAAACACGAUUUUACUUUGAAUUCAUUUGAGAGAUAAUGUUGAACUGAAUUAAAAUUUAUUCUUAUAAAAUCGUAUUGUAGUGAAGCAAUACUUUUAUAUGUAAAAUAAAUGUACUUGUUUCAGAGUACACAAAAUAACUAAAGUUUAUUUAAACUACAGUUGAGCAGUGUAGUACUUAUGAUUACUUUAGUCAAUUUGAAAUGGUAUUUUUUUAGGUAAUGAUGCCGUCAAAAGUACAUGAAUUAAAGUCAUUGUUUGUUUUUCAUUUUAACUAAAAUAUUACACAAUUUUUCAAUAUAUUCAUAAUACAAAAUUUAAAAUGUUCAAAAAAGUCUUCUCAAGAUGUCUUUAGAUAUGUCGCCUUUGUUCUUACUUUUCUUGCAGCGAAACACUAUUUGAUUUCCUCCCUUAAUUCUGCUUUCAUCUCGUCAAUACAAACUGGAUAAUUUUGGAUUAUCAUUGUUAUCUUGUUACAAUGUAAAACAUUGCUCAGUGUUUAAAAAUCAUUUUAUGCCAGUAUCUGCAUAUUCAUAGCCAUUGUUCUUGUGAUUGUCACUAGCCUUCUCCUACGUAAACAAAAUAACAACUGGUAAUUACGUCACUAGUCUAAAUGGCGGUGACUGCUUAUUAUACAGCAGCCAAACAUUUCACAAUUUUGUCUUACAGUUUUUUAAUAUUUUAUGCUUCAUAUAGUUACUCCUUUUCUAAUUCAUAAAAUUUUACUGUCAGCUUUCUCUAUACCUACUAUAAAAAUAUACAAGGCCUACUGUAAUCCUUGCCUAAGUUGAAAAUAUUACAGAUUUGUUAUAGUCCUAAGAACUAGAUUUCAGACAUGAACCAAUUUCAAAUGUUAUUGCAUUCACUGUAUGAUAGCUUGCAGGAAGUUUAAUACUACUCAAACAUGUAUUACAUCUCUUGUAUUUAUUUUAUUAUUUACAAGCUAACUUAUUCUUGACUUUCAGCAAUCUCUUUUAAUUUUCAAAUACAAGCUUGUCCAUCAGUAUUUUAAUUUAUUUCUCCCUUUUUUGAUAAGGUACUAAUUAAAUAAUAUAAUCUAGCUUAAUAUUUGUUUGUGCCAAAUACAAAAUCUGGUUUGUGAGUGCAUUGUUGUAUAAAAUGGUUGAAUUUUAGAUAGAGAACUUUGUUAAUUGUUGAAUUAGUAUGUAUUGUAUAUUAUGCCAUUGUACUUAUUAACUUAAAAAAUAGAAGGCUGUUAGAACUAUCCAUAGUAGUAGAAGAGCUCUAAUUAGUAAUUAAAGUCAUUUUAAGUGGACUAUGAGGAAAAGAAAUAAACGUUGCAAGAGUGACAUUUAA